AUGCCAUACCCUGUCAUCUCACUUAAACCAAGCUACAACUCCAUAAUUCGGGGUUGUCCAGGGGUGCCACAAACGCUGCCUCGUAUUGAAUGCGAGUUGCGUAUUCGGUCAAACGAUGGCAGGCCAAUGUUAAUAGACAGGAUCGAGGUACUGCUUAAGACGUCUGAAGUUCUCCACAGCUCUGUACCAGCGUUUACGUCCAAGGCCCGACUGGAAAAAGAUAUAGUGCACUACAAGAGGAGCAUCCGCCUCUCGGACAAAAAGAUCAUCGGAAUUGAUAUCCCACUCACUAUUGCCCUGCCCGAUGAUAUAAAAGACACAAACUACAACAAGUUCGGCUACACCUUCACGAGUUUUGAGUGUAAUGUGCUCUAUUUUCCAAAGACCGAGAAGCAUGCCGUGGCGAACGCGACGAUGAAUACGGAGUCCUUUACCACUGUUGUGAAUGUGGAGAAAUACAACCUGUUUGCGUCCCCCAGUCUGUUCCCGCCACUGAGGCGGAAGUUUCUAUCUCCUGACAGAAAAUUCAAGAUCAAGUACUGUAUUCAAAACCCCUGUCUAACAACGGACGAUUUAUUGCACAUUAACCUGAUAAUCGUGCCGAACCUUUCGCGCAACUACCCAGGCUCAUACUCCAACAAGCUCUUCAACAAAAAGGUCAAGCUCAAAAGCAUUGUUUUUGACGUUAAGGAAGUCCUGGAGGUAUACGAUUCGCACGCAGACGUAAAGGAAAACACCCUGCAGAGCCUGAUCAAGCCCUUUAACACAACUAUCAACGAGGCCGGCAUAGAAGUCACCUCGGACAUCAAGAUAUACACCAAGAACGUAUACUUCAAGGAAUUUGAACGCUGCAUGAACGAGCCGGCAGUCAUGUUCCAGCUGCCCCACAACGAACCCAACCUGGAUGCGCCAAUCCCCGAAACGGUACUGCUCAAGGGUAAGAGCAAGAAUGUCCAAGCCUUCCAGUAUCACUGCUCCAUUACCAGCAGGGGCCAGUUGUUCUCCAUCACGCACGGGCUUUCUAUCAAGUUUAAGAUCAGCAAUGGGAAGGAUUUUGAAAUAUAUCAGCCCCUCGAUGUGUCUGCAUGGCCCAAGGUCGACAUCAACCUAGUUGAAAAAGUUAUAGCCCAUGAAACCGAGGUUGCGAUGCAUGCCAAGAACUUCUACGACUCAUUUGGCGGGAUACGGCGCAACAGGACAACGGGUGCAUUGGAAUACCCGCCACUUCCCCCGGUCGUGUAUACUGCGGACAAGAAUACCUUGAAGCAUGUCGGAGUCAUGUAUAACAUGGACAACAAAUAUUCACACAAAAUCCCUCUAAUAGAAUAG